GAAAAAAAAAAAAAAGAAUUCAUAUGUCAUUUUUUCAAAAUCCGCAUAAUCUUUUAAUUAAAAAAAUAUUUAAUUAAAUUAUGUUUGAGAAAAGCAUGAAUUGAUUUGAAUUCGGAAUCCGAUGGGCUCUCGUUUCUGAAGGAGGAUGUUUGAUUACCAGCUAAAGCUGAGAUUACAGAACCUUCUUCUAAAAUGUCCAGUCAAAAUAUGUUGGUUCUCUACGUUUAUAGCAGAGAAGCAAUCACAUCCGUUUUACCUAAAGACAUUUUCCCAUAUAUUUCAAGAAUGCUCCAAGGCCAGAGCGCGCGAAGCAGGCAAGCAAGCCCACGCAAGGAUGAUCGUAUCUGGGUUCAAACCCUCAGUAUUUGUUGCCAAUUGUUUGCUUCAGAUGUACAUUAAAUGCUCCCGUAUGGAGUGUGCCGGUAAAGUGUUCGACAGAAUGCCUGAACGGGAUCGCAUCUCUUGGAACGCAAUGAUUUUUGGGUAUUCCGUCAAUGGGAAUAUGGGGUUAGCGCAGUCGUUUUUCGACUUCAUGCCUGAGAGAGAUGUGAUUUCUUGGAAUUCUUUGGUCUCGGGAUAUUUACAGAAUGGGAAUUGCUUGAAGUCGGUUGAGGUGUUUGUGAUGAUGGGGAGAGACGCUGUGGCCUGCGAUGAGACCACGUUUGCUGUUGUGUUGAAAUCAUGCGCGAGUCUGGAAGAUUAUGUUUUGGGGCUACAAGUUCACGGAGUUGUAGUGAAGUUGGGGUUUGAAUGUGAUGUGGUAACUGGAAGUGCUUUGUUGGAUAUGUAUGCAAAAUGCAAGAUGUUGGAUGAAUCCCUACUGUUUUUUGAUGCGAUGCCGGUGAGAAAUUGGGUGUCAUGGAGCGCGAUUAUUGGUGGCAGCGUUCAAAAUGGUGAGCUUGAGGGUGGACUGGAGCUGUUCAAAGAGAUGCAAAGAGAGGGAGUUGGGGUCAGCCAAUCUGUUUAUGCUACUGUUUUCAGGUCUUGUGCGGCUUUAUCCGAUUCAAUGUUGGGUUCACAGUUGCACGGCCACGCACUGAAGAGCGAUUUUGGAGUUGAUACCAUAGUCGGUACUGCCAUGUUGGAUAUGUACGCGAAAUGUGGCUAUUUGCUCAAUGCUAGGAAGGUUUUCAACUUGUUUCCAAACCAUAACCUGCAAUCUUAUAAUGCAUUGAUGGUUGGAUAUGCUAGAGGCGGUCGUGGACUUGAAGCUAUGCAGAUAUUUCUGCAGUUAUUGAGGUCUAAUCUUGGUUUUGAUGAAAUAAGCCUAUCUGUGGCGUUUAGUGCUUGUGCAGUAGGCAAAGGACUUACGGUAGGAACUCAAAUACAUGGUUUAGCAGUUAAGACUCCCUUCAGUUACAGCGUUUGUGUGGCCAAUGCCGUUUUAGACAUGUAUGGUAAAUGUGGAGCACUACCCGAAGCUUGUCGCUUGUUUGAUGAAAUGGGAAGUAGAGAUGCUGUGUCGUGGAAUGCGGUCAUUGCUGCUUGCGAGCAGAACAAGAAUGAGGAGACGUUGCCACUAUUUGUUGGUAUGCUUCGUUCAAGAAUGGAACCCGAUGAGUUUACGUAUGGAAGUGUUCUGAAAGCUUGUGCGGGCAGGCAGGCUCUGCAGCAUGGGAGGGAGAUCCAUGGUAGAGUCAUUCAGUGUGGGAUGGGGUUGGACUCGUUUGUGAGCAGUGUGAUCGUUGAUAUGUAUUGCAAGUGCGGUGUGGUGGAGGAGGCCGAGAAGCUUCACGACAGGAUGGAGGAACGCACGCUAGUUUCGUGGAAUUCCAUCAUUUCUGGUUAUUCGUCGUCUGAACAGAGUGAAGGGGCGCAGAAGUACUUCGCUAGGAUGUUGGAGAUGGGAAUCCAACCUGAUAACUUCACUUAUGCUACUGUUCUCGACACGUGUUCCAAUGUGGCGAAUGUUGGACUCGGGAAGCAGAUCCAUGCUCAAGUGAUCAAGCAAGAGCUGCAGUCGGAUGUGUACAUCGUGAGCACACUAGUUGAUAUGUAUUCGAAAUGUGGGAACAUGGAGGACUCUGUUUUGAUGUUCCGGAAAUCAUCCAACCGUGAUUUCGUGACGUGGAACGCUAUGGUUUGCGCCUAUGCUCACCAUGGACAUGGGAAGGAGGCUCUGCAGGUGUUUGAGAACAUGCUGCUCGAGAAGGUGAUGCCUAACCACGCAACCUUCGUGGCAGUUCUGCGUGCUUGUGCGCACAUUGGUCUUGUAGACGAAGCACUUGAAUACUUCUACGCGAUGCAGAAGGACUAUGGAUUGGAACCGCGCUUAGAACAUUAUUCGUGCGUGGUUGAUGCACUGGGAAGGUCCGGGCGGAUCAGUGAGGCUUUGAAGGUGAUUCAAGAUAUGCCUGUGGAGGCGGACGAUGUGAUUUGGAGAGCUCUUCUUAGUAAUUGCAAGAUGGAAGGGAAUGUGGAGGUGGCGGAGAUAGCAGCGAGGGCUCUUCUAGAGAUGGACCCACAGGACUCGUCUGCAUACGUUCUUCUAUCGAAUAUGUAUGCUGAUGCAGGAAUGUGGGGGGAGGUUUCGAAGAUGAGGAAGAUGAUGAGGCGAGGUAGGCUGAAGAAAGAGCCGGGUUGUAGCUGGAUCGAGGUGCAAGCGGAGGUGCAUAUGUUUUUGGUGGGGGAUAAAGCUCAUCCACGGCGCCAUGAGAUAUAUCAGAAGAUGGAUGUUCUGAUGGCUGAGAUGAAAUGGGAUGUUGAUGAGCUUCACAUCUCCAUUUCUUAACCUACUUUGAGGAAUAAAGGAAUUGCAUAAGCUUUAAGAGAGAAACAACCCUCUGCAACUUGCUACAACAUCCCCAUAUUUAUUUGCUUCACUAUCCCUUUAACUGCACAUACAUCAACAAAAAUGCUCAUAAUUGUGCAUUUUUUUUUUUUUUGUCUACAAAAGAAUUUUCUUUAGUGAAUGUAUGACAGCUUACAAUUUUUUUUUGUUUUUUGUAAAGACUAUUUUCUUGACCGUUUACUAUGGCGACAAAUAAUUAAAUUAUCACUAUAUUUAUUCA